AUGAUAACGGGGAACCCUCAGAUGACCUGGUGCCCGCCAUUCUCGACACCGCCCAUCAGUACAACAUCCAGGUAUGGCUCCCAUGCUGCAUUUUACCGCUAUAAGAACAGCAUGGGCAAGAGCCUCCCACUCUUUUAUAUCUACGACUCAUACCUGACGUCCCCUGAGGCCUGGGCUCACCUCCUGACACCCAAUGGGCCCCACUCCAUCCGCAACACCCCCUAUGAUGGGGUCUUCAUAGCCCUGCUGGUGGAGGAGGGCCACACCCACGACAUCCUGGCUGCCGGAUUUGAUGGCAUGUAUACCUACUUUGCCUCCAAUGGUUUCUCCUUCGGCUCCUCCCAUCAGAACUGGAAAGCCGUGAAGAACUUUUGUGAUGCCAACAACCUCAUGUUCAUCCCCAGCGUGGGGCCUGGCUACAUUGACACCAGCAUCCGGCCCUGGAAUAACCACAAUACUCGGAACAGGGUCAAUGGCAAGUACUAUGAGACAGCCCUGCAGGCAGCCCUGACGGUGAGGCCCGAGAUUGUCUCCAUCACCUCCUUCAAUGAGUGGCAUGAGGGCACCCAGAUCGAGAAGGCCAUUCCCAAGAAGACGCCAACACGUCUGUAUUUGGACUACCUGCCUCACCAGCCCAACCUGUACCUGGAGCUGACUCGCCGCUGGGCAGAGCACUUCAUCAAAGAGAAGGAGCAGUGGCUGAUGUGA